ACGAUCCGUCAGCUUCAUGUGACCAGGAAACAUGGCGGAUGUAGAAGUAGCGAAGUCUUUGAGCGGACUGUUGAACGGAAUAGCUCAGAAAGUAUAUUAUAACAACACCGAAAUCACAGAGGAGCUGCUGAAAGAUGAGCUCUACCCCGAGCUGUCGGAGGAGGAGUUCAAGGCUCUGCAUGAGAAAAUGAAAGGCCUGCUAAAGUCUAUUGCCACGGCAGACAUGGACCAUGCCCAGCUGGAGGCCUUCCUCACGGCGCAGACCAAGAGGCAGGGCAGCAGCGGGGUGACUGCCGAACAGGCCGCUGCCCUCUCUCGCUUCUGGAAGAGCCAGCGGGUCCGGGUGAGGGAGAGCUUGCUGGCUCAGAGCCGCUGGGAGCCCGGCCUCAGGGGCCUCUCCUGGAGGGUGGACCUCCAGACUGCAGCCAGCCGGGGGGAUGCGGCUCACAGCGGCCCGGUCGCCCUGAUGGAGCUGGAGCUUGGCAGAGCCGGUCAGGACUCAGAGUUUGUGUGUCUGGAGUUUGAUGAAGCCAAAGUCAACCAGGUGCUGAAGAAGAUGGCUGAUAUCCAGGAGAGCAUCGACAGAAUCGUCCACCGCACCUAAAACUCAAACAGCAGAGAAACAAUGGGGCGUGGCUCUGACUGAGAGACGACCGACCAACUCCAGCUCUCUACUCACACACAAGUGGGAGUGGUUCAGAUCUGUAUAUGCCAGAAGGGAUCCAAUGUGGCUUCUGCACCUGCCUACAGACUCAGAAACGAAAUAGUGUACAAGAUAUGAUCACCAUACACAUGCAUUUAGACAUGUUCAAAUCUGCCAUAAUUGAAAGUGCUGGACUGUUUUAUUACAUCAGAGCGACCCUUUUGCUGUCCUCCUCUGAUAGAAUGAAUGUUCCUCUCUGAUCACAGCGGCAAAAAAAUGCAGCACUGGCCUUUUAAGAUAAGGGGACGAUAAGGUCAUUGAAUAAAGGUUUUCAGAGUCUUUGCAAUUAAGAAGUUUAAAGCAGGAUUUUUGGAUUGUACAAUGGAGCAAAAAUCUUUCAAAUGAACACAGCAGUUUGAUGUCAGAGGUUUGACUAGGAUGAUAUAACUUUCAAUGUGUUCAGGGAGCGAUUGCAGAUAAUCGAAGCAUACUACUGAUACCUAAAAUGUUAGCAAGGUAACAUAAGCAUUUAGCUCAAGUAAAGCUUACAAAGUCCAGUUUAGACUGAUAAAGGCUGGCCUGUUACGGCAUUGAGAGGCCUUAUCAGGCAGCUGAAAAGUGUUUAGAGCUUCCUGUUCCUUUAAGACAGAGGUGUCAUCAUCCAGUCCUGAGCCCACCUGGUGUCAGGUAGACGUACAGGUGAGGCAUGGCCCAUCAGUCUUUAAGAGGAACAAAAGCCUGCAGGACAUCAGCACAACCUAUCAUUAUAUAUCAUUUUAGUGGUGCUAAUUAGCAGAGUUUCAGGAGCGGGACCACACAACAGCCACGUCAUCGCCAGCAUUUCCAUAAAUACCCACACGUAUCCUGCAUCCGUCCCCUACCACCCCUUUCUCUGUCCUGCCUCCUGAUCUUCUUCCUCUUCCAUAGGGUUAUAAGGGGGUCCGUCGUGCCCCGGUGCUACGGCGGAUUUCCCUAUCGUAGCUUCCCCACAACGCUUUCGAAUGUCUCUUCGGCAACCGCAAGUCUCGUACAUCUUCUGUUUCGAUCAUCAGUAAAUCAUUUAAUCACACCUGUUGACUGUGUGGUCCUUGCUAGGGAAAAACCGAUCCAAGACAUGCAGUUAGUAAAUACUUUCCACAUCUAUCCAGUGGGGUACACCACUUCCUGUAAGUGAAUACUUAUUGUGCAUGUUGGUAAAUAAAUAAAUAGUGAAAUGGC